AUGUGGCAUCCGAUACUUAUCCUGUCCAUAUUGCUGCAGUGUUCGACUGUUCUCGUCAUUGCGGCACCAACAGUGCCUAUUCAGCCUCAAGUAGAAUACACCGACUCGAACCCCAAUGACGUUCUCUGGACGCCUACCUCCGGCCGCUUCCCUAGUCCGCAGCGUGGGAGGGUUGGCGCCUCUAUUCUGGGCCCUCAGAAUGUACCUAUGGACCUACAAAACGCGGACCUUUUAGCGCCUCCAACAACGGAUAACGGCGAAGUACAAAAUUACAAGUGGCCUUUCUCGUUUAGCCAUAACAAACUAAAGGAUGGGGGAUGGGCAAGACAACAAAAUGUUAAAGAUCUACCUCAAGCAACAGACAUAGCAGGUGUAAAUAUGCGACUUGAAGCAGGAGCUAUAAGAGAAAUGCACUGGCAUAGCACAUCAGAAUGGGCUUACGUUCUGAAAGGUGAUCUUAGAGUCAGUACCAUCACUCCAGAGGGUCAAGUGUGGGUCGGCGACGUCUCCGCAGGCGAUCUCUGGUAUUUCCCAGCCGGCAACCCACACUCCAUCCAAGCAAAAGACACCGCUCCAGAUGGUGCCGAAUUUCUCCUCAUUUUCGAUUCGGGAUCAUUCUCAGAAGAUUCUACUUUCCAACUUACUGAUUGGCUUGCUCAUGUACCCAAGUCCGUCAUUGCGAAGAACUUUGGAAUGACGGGUAACCUGGAUGCAUUCGACCAUAUUCCCGAACAUGAGCUUUACAUAUUCCCUUCGCUUCCUCCUUCGCCAGACAUUUCUCAAGAUAUGGUUAUUCCCAACAAUACCCCACACCCAUAUACAUACCAAUUUUCUAAAGUUGUUCCUGAACAAAAGGAAGCAGGAACAGUCAAAGUUGUAGACAGCAGAACGUUUACUGUUUCGGAGACAAUUGCUGCAGCUGAAGUAGAACUCGAGGUUGGCGGAUUGCGAGAACUCCAUGUUCGUAUUUUAAAAUUUGGGCUUUAUUUUAUGCUACACGUCACUGACGAUAUAUUUUCCAAUCGAAUAGUGGCAUCCAACGCAGCCGGAAUGGACCUUCUUUGUGUAAGUCAUCACAUUAUCCGAUUUUCACCAGGCACCAAACUAUUGGGACUAGUUCUGGUCAAGCUAGGAUCACUCUUUUCGCGUCCCAAGGAAAUGCUGCAACAUACGAUUUCUAUGCAAGGCGGUGAUAUUGCUUAUAUUCCUCCGACAUUUGGGCACUACAUCGAGAAUAUCGGCAACACGACCCUGAAGUUUGUCGAGAUCCUCAAGUCUGACAUUUUCCAAGAUAUCUCGCUCAGCCAAUGGCUUGCGUUGACACCACCAAAUCUCGUCAAAGCUCACCUCGGAUUCUCCGACGAGGUAAUGGCGAAAUUGACUAAAACAAAAAAGACGCUAGUCAAGUAG